AUGGCGGUCUUCAGGAACGCAGUAGCAGGAACUGAGAUAAAGAACUGGAGGAAUCAAAAUGAUGAAAUUUCUUUUGCUCGAGGACAGAAAGGUUUCUUUGCUAUGGCCAAACAAGGUCACAUGGACACAAUCCUCCAAACUGGUUUACCUACAGGGGAAUAUUGCGACCUGGUCUCAGACUGCAAGAAGAAGAUCACGGUAGAUGGAAGUGGUACUGCCCACGUCAUCAUUGACAAUAGCGCUGAGCCAAUGGUAGCAUUUAUUGUUGGGUGUACUACUACUGCCGCGACAAGUGUGUGUGCAAUUCCAAUCAAGUACAAUAAGGAACCCUCCUUUUACAAGUCUUUUAAUGCCUGGAAGCAGGGCGACAAUUACCUGGACUGGUAUGGGCCGGAGGUUGGACAGGGAACUUAUCUGGGCAGACGGCCCACUGGAUCACCAACCGUAUGGACAACGAAUGACCGAAACAGCCAAUACUACAGUCCCCUCAACACAUAUGGUCCUCACUACUGGCUGUUGGAUGUAAUGAUGGAUUGUUCUAGUACAGAGAAUGGUUGGUUUGAGUUUAAAUAUAAAAUAUACGGUCACUGGGAAGGAGCAGUACACAACCAACAUUGUGGAGACCCUCCCUAUCUCUCUGACAACCACAUGGCUAAAUGUGGCGCCAAAAAUGUCUUUCACCAGAAUGGGCAAUGUGAAAUAAGACUAAUUGACUAUCAACCACCAAAUCAAACGUCCAUUCAGGUACCAAUAUCAACAACUAGAGAACAAAGAACAACAAAUCAGGGGGAGAUAACAACUAGUAGUAAUCAGAUGACGACUUCUGCAGCAACUGCGAAACAAGCAUCUUGUGAUAACUGCGAAAAUUUACUGACGUCACAAUGCGCCAAUAAUUUUCAGCCCUGCAGUGGAGUGUGUAUGCUUCAAAGUCAAGCAAACAUAAUUCAAUCAAAAUGUAUCAGGGAAUCGGAAUGUAAAUACAAACAAACCCUGGGACUGUUGUUUCCUGGAAGGAGCACGAUUUGUUGCAAUACAGACGAUUGUUUUCAAAAGGAAUUGUUCCACAUACUACAAGGACAUAUUAUAUCAACAACGACAUCUUCUUCAAAAGUUCUGGUUACCAUCAAGAAGUGAUUCCUUUGUCUCCCACCAAGAGUUUUAUGCAUAUGAUUAA